UCGUCUCGUCCUCAGAACAGUUUUGACAACAACAUGGCUGCCUCCAUGGGGAGAGGCAGAGGCGGUGUCACCAGUUUUCAAAAGAAAGCCAGAGCCAAAACUCUGCAAAUCCCGGGCACGAGACCUUCGUCGCAGGGAAACCAACUCCUAGUGUCUACUGGGGUUCCAUCUCUGGACCAUAUCAUCGGAGGCGGGGUCGUGGUCGGGACCGUCAUGUUGGUAGAGGAAGAUUCCUUUGGGAGCUAUGCACGCCUUCUGAUGAAGUAUUUCAUGGCAGAAGGAAUCAUGACCCACCAUCCUCUACUGCUGUCCUCAGCGGAACUCCAUCCUAAACAACUCCUGAGUGACCUUCCUGCACCAGUUAGUGACGACAUCGGAAAGGCUGCCCUAAACCAGGAAGAAGUGUCAUUAGAGAAAAAUGUGCAGAAAGAGGCAACCAUGAAAAUAGCUUGGAGAUACCAGAAGUUGCGGACAGAGCAGCCAGAACUUGGAGCCUUCUCUCAGUUUGGCCACUACUAUGACCUGUCCAAGACCAUGUCCAGUGAGAUGAGGGACACUGCUCCUACCAGGCUGUUCUACCUCCAGGAUGAACUCCCCCUGGAGAAACAGGGUGUGUGGACAUCCAUCACAAACCCUGCCUACAUCAAACUUCUACAGUCCAUUCAAGAUGUGGUGAAGGAAGGACAGUUUGAUCUCUCCGUCCCACAGCCCAAGGAUGUGCCUAGAACUGUACUGAGGAUUGGUCUCCACUCGCUGGGUUCCCCCUUGUGGGGAGAGCAAGACAGUGGUUCAUCACACGACUCAUCCCUCCCUCACUUCCUCCAUGCACUGAGGGCUGUGCUCCGUACCUCCCUUGCUGCUUGCCUCAUCACCAUCCCCACACACCUGUUUGAAGACAUGGCCUUCACACGUCGCUUAGAAAAGCUGUGUGACUCUGUCAUAAGGCUUGAAUCUUUCGCAGGUUCCGAGAAGGAGCAGAACCCUGCCUACAAAGAUUACCACGGCCUACUGUACAUUAAACAGUUGUCACAGGCAAACUCUCUCCUGUCCUACAUGCCAGACUGUAAUGACUUUGCAUUCAAGUUGCGAAGGAAAAAGUUUGCAGUUGAGAAGCUUCACCUGCCCCCAGAACUGCAGGACAGUCAGCAGCGGGAGCAGGAUGAUCCUGUGGCUGCACUCAAGACUCCAUCAGCUAGUUGUUUUAACCCUAGUGUCAAGAGUAAACUGGACUUCUGAAUUUAAAUCAUUCUAUUUACAUAGAUAUGCAACAAGUACAUUUCCAUUUUGUUUGUAGUUUUUUUUUUCCCUUUCCACCAUUCUACGCAAAUGACAAACAUUUGUACGUGAUUAUUUUUUAACAAUACAAGGAAACUGAAUGUCAACCUAAUAAAACUUUUAGGAAUUCCCUAUUUCACAUUGCAUGUGUCUUGUAUUUCUUUGGGACAUUAAAUGUUUUCAGGUUAUGGCGCCAUAGAUUAGCCUUGGUACUGCCCUCUGUAAUCUGGCAUGGUUACACUGGUAAGCGAGCAAAAAGACUGAGUCAGCAGUUACUUUGGAUGAUGGUAUCCAGGCCUACCAUACAUAUUGUAAGUUUGUAAAAUACAUAUUUGCCUUGUUGUGCUAAUCAGACAUUGAACAUACUCAUAACAAGCUGUAGAUCCAAAGCAAAGGAACUUGACAUUAGGCUCUGGUAUAUCAACAAGCAACAGACGAUACUAAAUUAGGACUUGUCUUUCAAGAGCAGCAGUUUGAAAAUGAAAGCCUAAAUAGUCAUGUA